UUUGUUCUUAAUCAUAUGAAAUUAUACAUGAUUUUUGACGUUUUCUUUUCCAGUGUGAAUAAAAAUAGAUAAAAUUGUUAAUAUACUUCAAUAUAAUUUUGAUCUCUUAAAAAAUAAAAUUAGAAUUAUAAUGGAUAUGAUAUUUGUUGGUAAAAAUCAUCCAAGUAUACAAGAAGCAUUUGAGCGAUUUUUCGAGACGAAAAAUGUAGUGGAGCAAUGCACCGAGCAAUCUUUGGCAUGUUUACACAACGCUUUCUUGGCAACAAAGGAUAGAAAGAUGGACUCCUCUCAACUGUAUGAUGCCUUUCGAACCAUCCUAAAAAUAGAAAUGUCACAGGAUGACUUCCGAGUUCUCUUUAAGAAAAUAGACAUGAAACUUAAAGGCAAAGUAACGUGGAAUAGAUUCCUUUCCUACUUACUCAUUGAAUUUCGCAAUAUAGACAGCAGUUUAAAAUUGCAAAAGUUGGAAGUGCCGUUAACGGAUUUACCAAAACUACUAAAAACUCGUCAUCGCACUUCUGUUUGCAGAAUCAUAUUUUGCCCAGAAGUUUUACCGGACAGAAGCACGAGUUUCCGUCGAGGAUGUUAUCUGACUGUUAGCCGAGACGGGGUGAUUAAUUACUGGUCCUUAGAUCUUGAAUAUGAGCGCACGGUGCAAUCCAAAAAUCCCUACUUGAAAAUACAAUCAACCGUUAUAACUGACAUGAUCGUGCUACCGGAUGUUCAGGUAGUAUGCACGAGCUCGACGGAAUGCGAUUUGAGAUUUUAUGAUGUUGUGGCAAGAAAAUUCGAUCUUCGCAUAUUGAUAUCCAGUUUAGAAAAUGCAGUCGUUUGUAUGUAUUAUUACUUCAGCACAGAUAUACAACAGAAUUCCUAUAUUGUUCUGGGUGAUACAAGCGGGUCUAUUAUAAUCAUGGCUUUUAAUCCUACGGAUAGAGGACCUUUCAAGCCAAGUACUGUCUAUGACAUGAUAACCCUUCGUUAUGCCGAUGUUAUUAAAGGAGAGUUGCAAGGAUUUGAUGUCACGGUGUUUAAGAACAUACAUACAAACUGGACAUGCCAGGUGGCUUAUUACGAAAGUCUGCGAAUGUUCGUAUCAAGCAGUCAAUGCUCCGUUUGUUCCUUAUGCGUUUUUGACGCAACUGGAGCGAGGACGCAAUAUAGAUUCCAAGUUCCCAUGGGAAUAUCCUGCUUCACGCUUUGCGAAGAGAGUCGCAUAUUGGUAACGGGUGGACCAGACUGCGUGGUCCGCAUUUGGAAUCCAUUUGUCCCAGGGAAAGCAAAUGCCAUUUUUUCGGAACAUCGCUCGACCAUCUGCGCGCUCGUCGUAAUAGAUGCCGGCAAACGCAUUUAUUCUCUGUCAAAAGACAGAUGCAUAAAGGUGUGGGACGUCGCGAGUCUUAACUGCAUUCAGACGUACAACAAAUUACCAAGUGAGUUGAGCGAGUAUACUCAAAUGACCAUAGUAUUCAACACGCUGACUCGUACAAUGAUUAUUGCCAGUAUGAUGAUAGCUAUCCUCGUUUGCGAACACGUAAUUAACGAAGAAACUUCGGAUGGCUAUACGCACACUAAGGGCGUCAGUUGUGUUCUUUAUAAUCAGCUCUUCCGAGUGAUUGUCUCUACGGGAUUGGAUUCGUGCAUCAUCGUCUGGGAUCCUUGGCGUGGGCACCGUUUGCGUUUGAUAUCACACGCCCACAGUAUUAUGCGAUAUGGACAGCAUGCAGACAUUGAGAUCACGGCAGCUUGUUUUGACGAUUCAGAGCAAUUUUUAGUGACCGGCGCUAGGGACGGUUCAUUGAAAAUGUGGAAUUUUAAUACCGGCCUCUGUUUACGCAACGUGAUGGUUGAUCAUCAAUGCGAAAUAACAAAUGUUGUGUGGUAUAAAAAUCAAAUUCUGUGCUGCGGCUGGAAUAAACGUGUCACAGAAGUAGCAGCUUCCGAGUCUGAUAUUUGCAAGAAUUGGACGAAUAAUCACACCGACGAUAUUCUAUGCGCAGCCAUAAAAUUUCCGCAGCUAUUAGCUACCGGAACGUACAACGGAGAAUUGAUUCUCUGGAAUCUUGAAACAGGUCAACCUUUUAGACAGUAUCAAGUGACUAAUGUUAGUAAAAGGUACAUUACAAUGAUGAACGCACAAGAAGCAACCUCGAAUGAGAUUGGCAAAUCUAUCGAUCAAGAAAUGAAGUAAAUUAUUAUAAGAUUACAAAAAAUUCUCUUUUUAUUAAAAAUUCUAAAUCGAUUCCCCGUGAAUCAGAAAA